AUGAGCAAUCAAGAUCUCCAGCAACAAAUGUCACAGCAGUACGAUGAGGUCAAUGAAGAAACCCCUUUGCUGCCUCCUGAUCCUAGCACCGAGCCAUAUUCCGUGUUCACAUCAACACAGAAACGCCUCAUUAUUCUGAUAGCGGCACUGGCUUCGAGCUUUUCACCUCUAUCCGCCAAUAUUUACUACCCGGCAUUGAACUCCAUCGCCAAAGAUUUGCGAGUCAGUCCAUCUCAAAUCAAUCUGACCAUUACGACAUACAUGAUAUGCCAAGGCCUAGCUCCAAUGCUGACAGGCUCGUUGGCGGACCAGGCUGGUCGUAGGCCCGCAUACAUCCUUUGCUUCGUGAUAUACAUAUUCGGAAACAUCGCUCUCGCUCUACAACACAGCUUUCCAGCACUCUUAGCUCUCCGUGCCGUUCAAAGUUGUGGGAGUAGCGGAACCGUGGCCCUUGCAUCCGCAGUAGUAGCCGACAUUAUCACAUCUGCUGAACGAGCUGCUGGUACUUUCUUCAUGCCGUUACUGUUCUUUUUCCCCGAAACAUGCCGUGGAAUCGUUGGAAAUGGGUCGACUCCUGUAGUCGGAUGGAACCGAACCAUCUGGAGUUAUUUACGCACCACCGCCGCAGUCACCAUACCUGCAUCGAGUGUCCCGAGGAGUCGUGUGAAAGUUCCUAGCCCAUGCUCAACCCUCUGUAUGCUUUCCCACCGACCUGUGGGACUGGUGCUUUUGGCAAAUGGAAUUGUGUUCGGCAGUUACUACGCCGUCACAUCUGGAAUCCCCGCACUAUUCCAUGAAAUAUAUCAUCUGGAUGACUUGGGUAUUGGACUAUGCUUCAUUCCUGCAGGCUUGGGGUCGUUGUUCAGUGCAACUGCCAAUGGGGUAUUAGUUGACUGGAUAUAUCGGCGGACUGGACGAAACGCCGGUCAGACGGUACACAAGAACCAGAAACAGGACAUCAUUGAAUUUCCCAUCGAACAAGCAAGGUUGCAGAUUGGCCUGCCAAUGACAAUACUUGCAGCUGUCUCAAUAGUCGCCUAUGGAGUACUGAUGCCAUUCAAGCCACCACUCCUGGUUGCGCUUAUUGUGGUUUUUAUAAUUUGUUUUUGUAUUACGGCGGCAUACAACGUGAUGAAUAUUCUGAUCGUCGACUUGUACUACGAAACACCUGCUACCGCGAUGGCUGCUAACAACCUUGUGCGCUGCUUCCUGGGCGCUGGUGCUGCAGCCGUGGUCAACCCUCUGAUCAAGCGGAUUGGUGUGCAAUGGACAUACUAUUUUGUAUCGGGUGCAGUGGCUCUAGUCACUCCGAUUCUGGGGAUUGUUUAUCUUCAGGGCUGGGAAUGGCGGAAGAAACAAGCCGAGACUGCUGCACAACUGCGAAUUGUACACGCAAGACCAUAG